UCCAUUCCCACAGACGGGAACCAAAAUAUCCCUUUGAAAAUUUCCUCGACUAAUUUUUAUUACAACACAAGACGUGCUCCCACACAUACACAUACACACACACACAGCUCACUCCACUCUUCGUCCUCCUCCGUAUCUCUCUAUAUACACGCAAAUCUCUCGAUUCCAUCUCAGAAAGCUAUGGCCCUAGACACCCUCAAUUCUCCGACGUCCGCCGCCGCCGCCGCGGCUGCUCCCCCGCUUCUCCGCCGCCGCGACGACCCAGAGGCGGAGGAUCUAGAGCCGUGGACAAAGAGGAAACGCACGAAACGACAGAGUCUGGAACAUCCGGAUCCAACCAAUAACCCGCCUUCCGAGGAAGAGUAUCUUGCGCUCUGUCUCCUCAUGCUCGCUCGUGGCUCCCCCCCCGACACGUGUCCUCCUCCCCUCAAGUGUACGGUCUGUGGGAAGACGUUCCCCUCUUAUCAGGCCUUAGGCGGUCACAAGACCAGUCAUCGCAAACCCACGUGUCAAACCGCUCCUGGAACCGAAGACCGGUCUAACGGUAACAGUAACGGUAUCAGCAACAGCAGCAACAUUACGGUCGGCGGUGGUCAGAGUGGACGGACUCAUACGUGUUCGAUAUGUUUCAAGACUUUUCCGUCGGGUCAAGCUUUGGGUGGACACAAGCGUUGCCAUUACGACGGCAGUAACGUUAACGUUAACGUUAACGGUAUCAGCAAUAACGGCAACGGCGUUGACGUGGUCAGCGGCGAAGUCGAUGGGGAUGAGAGAUGGUCAUCGGAAGGGGACAAAGAAGAAUUGACCGCGAGCCACCGUGUCUUUGAUCUGAAUUUGCCGGCGGAUCAAUAUUUGGAGGCGGCGGAGAAGGUUUUUACCGGCGAAGAUCCACUUGGAAAAAGUCAACUCUCCGGCAAAGAGGUUCGCCAUGGACACUGAAGAUAAUUAUAUGGUUGUUGGAGCUUUUGUAAUGAAAAUGAUGGGAGUGGACUUGGAUUAUCUUAUAGAUAUAAUAUUUUUAAAAUAAUUGAUAUUCCAAAGAGAAAAAUAUUUUUUUAGGCAUAUAAAA